AUGAAUAAAGAAAUUGCAAAUCCCUAUGAUGUAGAGGAGGAGGAGGAGGAGGAUGAUCAUCAUCAUGAUGAAGGUAAUAAUGAUAAUGAGAGAGGGGGUUCAAAGAGUCAUUCAUCAGUUAGUAAUUAUAACACUAAGGGGAAAGAAAAAGUUGGAGAAAAGUCAAACAUUAAAUCCUAUUUUGCUCCAAGAACAAAACCUGGUUCUCAACCGUUCAUAAGGUCUUCUUUGGCCUCAAAGCAAAUGGUUGAGAAGGCAAGAAUGAAUUUUGCAAGAUGGUGGUACCAUGCUAAUAUACCUUUCCAUGCCGCUCACUCUGUGUAUUACCAAGAAGCUUUAGAUAAUGUAACAGCUAUUGGGCCUGGUUUUAAGGGACCUUCUUAUCAUGACUUGAGGGGGCCUUUAUUACAAAAACAUGUGGGUGAAAUGAAUGAUUAUCUCUUAGAUGUGAAAAAUGAUUGGAAAGUUUAUGGGUGUUCAAUUAUGUCAGAUGGGUGGACAAAUCAAAAGAGAGCUCCAAUCAUUAAUUUUUUAGUGUAUUGUCCUAGAGGUACCAUGUUUCUUAAAUCCCUUGAUGUGUCAGACCUAACAAAGGAUGCAGAUACAUUGUUUAAGUUGUUUGAUAAAGUUGUUCAAGAAGUUGGGCCUGAGAACGUUGUGCAGUUCAUUACAGAUAAUGAUGCUUCUUACAAGUCUGCAGGAAAGAAGCUAAUGCAAAAAUAUGGGACAUUCUAUUGGUCUCCUUGUGCAGCCUAUUGCAUUGAUUUAAUGUUGGAAAAUUUUUCUGAUAAAAGAUAUUUUCCUAUCAUUGAUGAAACCAUUCAAAAGGCUCAAAAGAUUACCAAAUUCAUAUACAACCAUGGCAAGAUUUUAGCUUUGAUGAGAAGCGACUUCACUAAUGGUAGGGAUUUGAUUCGUCCAGCCAUCACAAGGUUUGCAACUGAGUUUUUAAGUCUUCAAUGCUUGACUAAGUUCAAGAAAGAACUUAGGCAAAUGUUUACUUGUGAUCAAUGGGUCGAAUCUCGAUAUGCUAGGGAUGUCAUGGGAAAAGAGGUGGCUGCAAUUGUUUUGGAAGAUAGAGAGUUUUGGUUACAAUGUCAACAAAUAGUGAAGAUUAGUGAGCCUUUGGUUAGAGUACUACGUCUUGUAGAUGGGGAUGAAAAAUCAUCAAUGGGAUACUUGUAUGAGGCAAUGGAUGAAGCAAAGGAGAAUAUAAAAGCAAGGUUGAAGAAUAAAAUUUCUGCAUAUAUACCAUUUACUAGUGUCAUUGAUGCUAGAUGGGAUAAACAACUCCAUAGUCCAUUGCAUGCAGCAGGUUGUUAUCUUAACCCUGGAAUCUUCUUUAGGCCAUCAUUUAAGAAGCAAAAAGAUGUUACAAAAGGCCUACUUAGUACCAUUAUAAGGCUGGUUUCUGAUCCUGAUGAGCAAGAUAUUCUUAGUUCUCAAAUUGAAUCAUACAAAAAGUCUUUAGGUGACUUUGGAAUGCCUAUGGCAAUCAGCCAACGUGAAAAACUAAGUCCAGUUGCUUGGUGGGAGCAAUUUGGAAAUGACACUCCGGAAUUACAAAAGUUUGCAAUUCGAGUGCUAAGUCAGUGUUGUAGUGCAACUGGUUGUGAAAAAGCUUGGAGCACAUUUGAGUUUGUCCAUUCCAAGAGGAGAAAUAGGCUUGAGCAUAAACAUUUGAAUGACUUGGUGUAUGUUCGGAACAUUAGAAGGACAAAGGAUUACUUGGAUCCUGUAAGCCUUGAUAAUAUUGAUUUAAUGGAGGAUUGGGUAGCUGAGGAUUCUGAAUUUUUGUUACUAACUGAGGAAGAUGUGAAUUGGGAUAGCAUUGAAGAACCAUUAGCAACAAUGACUUUAGAAGAUGAUAAUGAUGAUGAUGAUGAUGUUGUUGUACUUGAUGAGGAAGAUGGUGAAAAUGAUGUUGUGUUGACAGAUGCUAAUACUCAUGUGUAUUAUGGUCCUGAUGUAAAUCCUUUUGAAGGAUGGGAGUAG